UUCUCCUUGCAGUCCCCGGGUCAGGUAUCCAGCCAAUCACAGGGCUCACAAUCAUUUUUCAUGCCAGUUUAGAAUAAUAUUAUUAAGAAAAAAUAGGCAGCCAGACAGCAGGGUGAGCAGACUUUAGUGCUGCAUGAUCCAGGCGACCUGCACCGAGGAUCUGCAAAGUUUCCAAGUUCUCCUCCUGUGCGCCCUGGAAGAGGUGGCUCCAUGGAUGGUGCCUUGGAUUGAACGCAUGGACCUGGCCAUUUUUGCAGCUUCUCCUGGAUCUGGAUGUUUUUGGGGGCAAACACGGGACCAUGUCGAUGCUGCCCACUUUUGGCUUCACCCAGGAGCAAGUAGCCUGCGUCUGUGAGGUUCUCCAACAAGGAGGAAACAUUGAGAGGUUGGGGCGCUUCCUCUGGUCCUUACCAGCUUGUGAGCACCUCCACAAGAAUGAGAGCGUCCUGAAGGCCAAAGCUGUGGUGGCCUUCCACCGGGGAAACUUCAGGGAGCUGUACAAGAUCCUGGAAAGCCAUCAGUUCUCUCCACACAACCACCCAAAGCUUCAGCAGUUGUGGCUGAAGGCUCACUACAUAGAGGCGGAGAAGCUGAGGGGGCGCCCCCUGGGUGCGGUGGGCAAAUACAGGGUGCGCAGAAAGUUCCCUCUACCCAGAUCUAUAUGGGAUGGAGAAGAAACUAGUUAUUGCUUCAAGGAAAAGAGCAGGAGCGUCCUGAGAGAGUGGUAUGCACAUAACCCUUACCCCUCACCCAGGGAAAAGAGGGAGCUGGCUGAGGCCACUGGACUGACCACCACCCAAGUCAGCAACUGGUUCAAGAACAGGAGGCAGAGGGACCGGGCAGCUGAGGCCAAGGAGAGGUACGAGGAGAAUAACGAAAACUCCAAUUCCAACAGUCACAACGCUUUGUCUUCUUCCAUGAACGGCGGAAAAACGGUGCUAGGAAGUUCAGACGAUGACAAAACCCCAUUAGGCACCCCAGACCACACGUCACCCAGUCCAGCCCUGCUGCUCAGCUCCAACCCUGGCCUCCAGGCACUUCACGGAAUGGGUCACCCUCAGGGCCCCAGCGCCAUCCCUGUACCAGGCACAGAUACCAUGCACCAUCACACUUUGCAAGACUCAAUCCUCAACCCUAUGUCAUCUAAUUUGGUGGACCUUGGUUCUUAAGACUGAUACAGUGACUUGGUUAAUGAUACUUUGGUUGACCCUGGACUCUGUGGAGAAAAGGUACAGUAAUGGGCACCGACACCACUCCAGGUGACCUUUAUCCUUCUCUACCUUUUUAUGCUUCCAGCAUUGCAUUAUUAGUUGAGCCUGUGAGUUAAAAUGAGCCCACUGCUCCUCCAAUAUCUCCAAUGUUGAUAUAUUUUCAUGGUCCCUAGAUGGCCCUCAGGGUUUUCAUGCCAUCCCUGUGCCAGGAGAAGAUGUCAUGCACCAUCACACUUUAAUAGACUGAAAUGUUAUCCCCAAUGUCAUCUUCUGUAGUGGACCUGGGCUCCUAAAGAUGAGGCCACAGUCUGACCAGUGCAUUGUGGAAAGGGACUCCAGGUUGGUCUUGGAGUCAGUGGAGAAAGGGUAAAGUAGAAGGCAUUAGCUCCACCUCAAUGUGACACCUGCCUUCCUUGUCUAAGUUCCACUAUAAUAUUCUACAAGUCAAGCAUAUGUGUCGGGAAGCACCUACAAAAAUGUGCCCUGUCCAUCAUCAUGGCCUCCAGGAUCCAUAGAAACCAAUUUGCAGGAGCAAAGCUAAACUAGACGCCUCUCUAUGUACCUUCGUGGGCUCUUCAUUUCUUUUUUUUUUUUUUCAUAUCAACUCAUUACAUAAUGCAGGUGUCCUUUCUACAAGGUCAUCAUCCAGGGUAUUUAAUCAGACUUUGUGCCAGGACCUGCUUCUUCUUAUUGCCCAAUCAAAGCACUUUCCAAUACCCCAUCCAAAUGACAUUAUCUGCCCUAUUAUGCUUUGGAUCAGGUCAGUUGACAUAUUAUUAUUAUUAUUAUUAUUAUUAUUUUAUGUUUCUAUAUAUAAUAUGUGAAUAAAAUCAU